CGUGGGGGCCGGUCCCAGAAGAUGGCGGAGGCGGGGGUGAGUUGGGAUUCCCCGGGGAAGCGCGGUGGACUUGGUGCUGAGGGAAGGGGCCUGAGGAAGGUGGUGGCCCUCGGGAAGAGGAACCGCUUGCGUUUUUGCAGCCUGGGAACCCUGCUGGCAAGUACGAGGAGCCAGGACCACAGAUGGGGCCUGAAGGGCGAGGGGCUCUGCUUAACCUGGAGAAGGGUCGGCGAGAUUCGGAAGGGGACACCUGGGUCGGGGAGAGGGUCUAGGAGAGGCCGAGGCUCCCCGAACAGUGGAAGAGUGUCCGAGCGGAAAGAAGGCUGGAGGACGGCGGGAAGGGCGACCCCGGAGAUCUGAUGGGGUGGAGGUCGGCGGGCUGUCAAGCAUAGAGCUGUCAGGACUCGGCAGGCUCGUAGCCAGGGAGACCAGACUCAGGCUUGGGAGGGGGAAGGAUCCGAAAAGGAUUUCUGGUAGGUCCUAUUUUAGGACGAGAUGCAAUAUUGUUGAAACGCCAAUCUGCUUUGGUUCAGGCAGUUGGCUUUUCAGCUGAGAAGCCAUUUCUUCUUCCUCUUUUUAAAAUUUUUUUGCUGACUUACUGAACUUAUGAAACCAUGGCGGAAGGAGAGACACAGUCACCUGGGCGCAAAAAGUGUGGUCCCUAUAUCUCAUCUGUCACUAGCCGAACUGUGAACUUGAUGAUUCGAGGAGUAGUGCUGUUUUUUAUUGGAGUAUUUCUUGCAUUAGUGUUAAAUUUACUUCAGAUUCAGAGAAAUGUGACGCUCUUUCCACCUGAUGUGAUUGCAAGCAUCUUUUCUUCAGCAUGGUGGGUACCGCCAUGCUGUGGCACAGCUUCAGCCGUGAUUGGGUUAUUAUACCCCUGCAUUGACAGGCAUCUAGGAGAACCACAUAAAUUUAAAAGAGAGUGGUCCAGUGUAAUGCGGUGUGUAGCCGUCUUUGUUGGUAUAAAUCAUGCCAGCGCUAAAGUGGAUUUUGAUAACAACAUACAGUUGUCUCUCACACUGGCUGCACUAUCCAUUGGACUGUGGUGGACUUUUGAUAGAUCUAGAAGUGGUUUUGGCCUUGGAAUAGGAAUUGCUUUUUUGGCAACUUUGGUCACUCAACUGCUAGUCUAUAAUGGUGUUUAUCAGUAUACAUCUCCAGAUUUUCUCUAUGUUCGCUCUUGGUUACCAUGUAUAUUUUUUGCUGGAGGCAUAACAAUGGGAAACAUCGGUCGACAACUGGCAAUGUCAUCACAUGGCACUCCUAGAUCUUCUGGGAAUGUCUGCUCAACCAAGUUAUGACGGUGACAGUUCUGUUUUGAAACAGUUCCUUCUGCCUUCACAAAAGCUUGAAAUUUUGCAGCAGGACAUUACAGGAGGACAGACUGCUGCCCCAUCAUCUUAGGAUCAGCUGGAGGCAGCUGCUGUGCUUGGUCUCCACACACUGGACUUGGGAAACCUGCACACUGACAAACUGAAGAUGAAGUUUAAAGAUGUUUGUAAAGACAGAUCUUUGCGGAAUUUUCUAUGCCUCAGACCUAGUGUGGGUUGAUAUCAUGCCUGUCCAAGAGAGAAGGCGGGCCAGGAUAUGUUGAAGCAAGUCUUCUAGAAUAUAUGUAAAAUUCAUAAUAAAGUUGAGUCAGAUUCAACUUUAUUUUUUCCCCACAAAAAGUAAACUAGUGAUUCUUAAAUCUUUGUUAGGAUUAGUUCUGGUCCUGUGACCCCAACUACCUGCAAGGGGGCUGGGAUGUGCAAUCCCUCCCCUGACAGGAGAACCAAAUAUAGGUGAUCAUUGGUAAUGUCCACCUCAGUUGGUUUAAAGCAUUUUGUAGCACUCUCUUCCCACUAGAAUAUUUUUCUUCGCAAGUGAUUCGUAGUGAACAGAGUUAUAAGGAAAUGAAAAUUCUUUUGGUGGUAAAAUUAUAGCCUUUAAAAUACAUAAAAUACAAACUUUGUAUCCAAGUCCUGGAAGGGUGGGGAAGAAGGAAGGAGUCCACUUUUGUCUUUUCCUAUCAUCUGAAAGGGAGGGGGUGAGGGGGAGGGAGUGAAUCAAGUGUUUCCUUAGUGCUUCCUACAAAUGUCCCUACCACACAGAUAAGGAUCGUUAUACAGCUGCCAACAUCCACGUUUUUCUGAAUGGCGGAGCAGCAUUUCAAACUCCGGUCUAACUUUGCUCCAACAGUCAAGGAUUCUCACCACCACAUGGUACUGUCCCUGCAAGUCCCUGCAAACUAUCUUUCAUGUACAUUUCCAGCAGAUUUCCAAGACCAUCACUAAGUGACUUGGCACCGAGGCAUCUCUGACACGAAUGCGACCUUGACUUCAUAGACGUGUUUCACGUGUUGCUUCACUCUGGGAUCCGGCUUCUCUAGGAAGUUAACAUAAGCAUACUUGGAGAGCCUGACGACUUUAGCCCUCAGGGAAUGCCUGGACUUGAACCUGAAGGCUCUCUUGAUAGCAGACAUCCUACCUCAGCCUCCACAGACACAGUCCCAUGUGGAAACCUGACAGCAUAGAAAGGAGAUAAAAUUUUUAACAGGUUUUGACUUCUGACCUAUUAAAAAGUUAAGUCUGA